AUGCAGAAUGACGAAGGAGGUGUUUUCGGUGGGAAAGUUGUUGUAUUUGGUGGAGAUUUCAGUCAGAUUCUACCUGUAAUGCAUGGUGCUUCAAGGGGAGAUGUUGCUAAUGCUGCAUUGAAUGCAUCCUAUAUCUGGGAUUAUUGCAAAGUUAUAAAGCUAACGAAAAACAUGAGGUUACUGGCAAGUAAAAUUGCUGAGCCAAAUGAUGGUGAAGCAAUGAUUGAUAUUCCUGAGGAGUUCCUUGUAACGGACGUACAUGAUCCAAUUGAAGCAAUAUAUGAUGACGAGGACAACGUUUGUGUCCGAAGACGUGGCUCUCUAAUUUAUUCUGGUAUUGAUUCCAGUAACAAUUGUACUUCUGUAGCUGAAGAAACCAACAGAGAAAUUAAAAAUCCAGCUGGUUGGGAACUGGUUGUGAGACAUGACGAGGAGGAGAAAUCAUCGAUAUAUCGCCAUGAAAUGGAGCUUAAGGUGAUGAUCACUAGCCCAGAUGGUAACGUAUCUAAUAGUUCCCACCGUAAGACGCAGUCAAAGCGAGAUUUUGCUUAUUUGGAGAAGGAGAAAAUCACCAGUGUCAGCUCUUGGGAGUCUCUCAAGGCCAUCCUCUCUGAUCCUGUCACAGGAGCCUUGAUGAAUGAUGCUACGAUCCUGCCUUGUGGACAUUCUUUUGGAGCCGGGGGAUUAAAACAAGUUAAAAGAAUGGUAUGUUGUCAAGACAGUGGAUAAUGCAGAGUCUAUUAAGUUGCAACAUUGCUUACUUGCCAAGAUCCCAGACAAUUCACCUUCUACGGUAACAGUGGCUGAAAUGGCACCGUUUUGGCUGUCUAGUUCAUAGAAAUCAGCUUCAGCUCUGAGAGCUGAACAAACCGUCUUGGCUCUCUAGUUCAUUGUAAAGACAAAUUUGGCAUUUCUCACUCUAGACUUGGUUAAAUUGAUGGUGGUGAUGCUUUCUUUGUUGAUUAACUUAGGUUUCUCCAGAUAUGAAACUUUAAGAGCCUCCAUGCUUGUCUUUGAUAGAGUAUGUUGCCUGUUAAUAAAAUGAAAGGCCUAUAUUUGAUCUUU